AUGCCGUUGCGUUGCCCUGCUGGCGCGCUUCCGGAGGCGUACCGCCUCAUCUGUCUUCGUUCAGUUCGUGCCUUUGCGCGCGGAGUCCACAAUGUGGACUACCGUUUCGGUGCCGCGGGGUCCAAGAAGUGCAAUUAUUGCACUCAGCAGAAGGAGAAGUGCUCCCCU